GGUGCUGCCCCUCGGCUGCUGCUGGCGCUGGGGGUGUGCGCGGCCCCGCCACCCGCGGUGCGCGCCGCAGAGGCCACGUGCGCCGACGACGACGCCAGGUGGGCGGCGCGCGGCAAGAGCUGCCAGCAGAUGAGGCUGCUGUGCCUCGACGGCGGCAGCUUCGGCGACCUCGUGCGCGCCUCCUGCCCGCUCGCCUGCGGGCUCUGCGAGCAGUCCGCCGGGGAGGCUGCCCCGGCUGCCCGCGGCUUCGAGGGCGUGCCUGGGGAUGCCGCCGGCGACUCCUCCGACGAGGUCGCCCUGCUGAGCGUCGCCGUGGACCCCGAGGACGAGGUGUCCUACGCCCAGCGCGGCGUCACCGCCGCGGGCCCGCGGCCCCCGCUGGCUCGCCCCGCGCGCGCCGCGGAGCCCCCGGCGGCGCCCGGCCGUGGCGAGGGGCGGCGGCGCAACGCCUCGGCCGCCGCGGGCAGGACGGAUCUGCGUGGUGUCUUGUGGUUGGACGUGGCGGACAACCUGGACGAUGAGAUGGCGCCGAAUGCGACUGCUUCCAGGAGCCAUGUCCAGAACGCGACCUCCCUCGAGGGGGAGCCAGGGAUUUCCGUGACCAGUGUGAGGAGGAGCGCGCCGAGCCCCGGCGAGGAGCGGCCGGAGGCCUUCCUCCCUGGCGGCCCGAGGAGACCUCCCGCGGCGGGCGCGCUCCGCUCCCGGCGGGAAGAUCCACGCUGUGAGAGCAGCACGUCGUCGGGGGUUUUGUGAGGCUCGCUCCCAGAAUCUCCUGCCUCGCUCUCGACCU